AUGGAAUUGGAAACAGAAAAAGUCAAAGUAUUAGACUUACAAAGAUCAUUUGAUAGAGAGAAGAAAAGAAAUAAUGAUUUGUUUAAAUCUAUAGACGGGGAGAAUUCUUCAUUAAGAGAAGAACUUGAUAAUGAAAGACAAGCAUGUAGGCAGCUUAGAAAUGAAUUAGAUCAGGCACAGCUUCAGAAACUGGACAUCACUCGUCACUAUGAACAUGAAAGAGACCAGUUAAAUAGGGUCAAAGUUGAGAGGGACCAAACACGUAGUGACAUGAAGAUAAUGAAGGAAAGAGAAAGAGAGAGAGAUACUGAAAAAAUAGCAGAUAAACGAUCAGCAAGGCAGUUAGAAAGAGAAAGAGAUGAUUUUAAAAUGAAACUGCAUGAAGCUGAUCUCGAAAUGCAGAGAUUGAAGCAGAAAAUUCUAAACUUAGAAGAACAAGUGACCAUCAGCAAAGAAAAAGAGAUGGAUAUCAGGAGGGAUUACGAACAGGAAAAACUACGCAUAUUACAUAAUCAGUCUUUUGAAAGGGACAUGUCUCUGAGAACAGAAGGAUCUCCUGAGAGUGAUGUAGAAUCUACAGAGCAGAGAGAGAAUUGGAAAGUCUACAAGGCACAGCUUGAGAGUCUCUGUCAGAGUCUACAAUACCAAAUGUUACAGUUUCAAGAUAAGAUAGGACAACUUGUAAAGUCAGAUGAUAAUGAGGAGGCUAGUGCUAUACAGAACUCAGUCAAAGAUUUACUGAAUGAGCUACGACAUGUACAGAUACCACUCACAUCUGAAUCUGGGGCUGACAGAAACCUUAUGUCCAGACCAGAUCUGAAUGCUGUAAAUGGCCGUAUAUUACAUCAUAAUAAUGAGCUUACAAACUUUGUCUCCACACUAACUGAGGACAAAAUAGAGCUACGCAAGACUCUGGGUCGCCUAGAGGAGGAUAUAUGGAGAUACAGACAGAGAGAAAAUGCUGUACAGAAUGGGGACCAGACCAAUUCUCAUUUUACUGAUAAACAUUUAAAAGACAAAGCAGAAUGGGCCAAAGAGAGACAUUCUCUACAACUUUCACUCAAUGAUGCUGAGAGACAGAUAGUACAGCAACAACAUGAUCUAAAAAUAGAAAGAGAUAGAAGAUCUAAAUUGCCAUCAUCUGGUGUUCUAUCUGAUCAUGACAAAGAUAAAAUGCAGCAAUUGUAUGGUAAAUGUUUGCGGACAGAGAGCUACAGAAAGGCACUGAUUUACCAGAAAAAGUACCUGUUGAUAUUGUUGGGUGGUUUCCAGGAUUGUGAACAAACUACUUUAGCAGUAAUAGCCAGAAUGGGGGCCUUCCCAUCACCUCAGGAUAUGCAGCCUCGUACAUCACACAGUCGAUUGUACACCAUUUUUAGAAGUGCUGUCAGAGUAGUUGUGGCUGUUAGCAGAAUGAAGUUUUUGGUGAACAGAUGGAAGAGAAAAACAAGAGUUGGUUCUCCUGUAGUAUCUGGUACAGUUGAUACCCAGCAAGGUUACAUGCCAAUCAGAAGGAGUUAUUCUCCUCAUGACAGAUCUUCCUCUUCACCACAUACCAGCAUUAAUGGUCUAUAUCGUUUGUCACCAUAUCUGUCUUCAACAUCUCGAAGAUUCCGUACUACAUCCUCACCACAUUCAACUUCCCUAGGGCAGAUUUGUGGAUCACCGAUUGUAGGUCACGACCAUAACUUUCAUCCAUCUUCACCAAUUGCAGUUAAUAGUCGUACAUCACCAUACACUAAUGGUACAUUACCAGUUCUGAAUGGUUACUUGUCAAAAGAUUAUAGAUCAUCACCGUCUUUACAAACCUCUGGUGCUAGAAGGUAUGUAUAUCCAUCUCUGUAUAAAUGA